AUGACUAUGGCACAUCAACCAGGACACCCAGAAGACAGAUUUAUCUUACAUUGGCUUGAUGAUUCUCGUGCACAAAGGAUACUAUGGUUAUUGGAAAUUCUACAACUCGAUUACGAAGUUAAAAUAUAUUUGAGACAUCCAGAGACUUGGCGUGGUCCAGUUCAGUUAUUUGACGCACACCCAACAGGAAAAGCACCAGUUUUGGAGAUCAUAUUUGGCGAUGGAAGGCCCAGUAUGAAACUUGCCGAAAGUGGAUUUAUAAUGCAAUACUUGUUACGAUUUUAUGACCCUAACUAUAUCUUGAACCCCACUGAUCUUAACGAGCAAUUGGAAGUUGAUUACUGGCUACACUUUAGUGAAGGAUCAUUACAACAUCUUAAUAUGACAUUAUUGAUAAACUCAGUGGCAAGGCAUAUCGCCCCAUUUGGUCUAAAAGGAAUGGCUAAGUUAGUUACAAAGGGAUUAAAUAAUGGAUUCUACAUUCACGAAUGGAGAUUGUGUAUGCAAUAUUUGGAUGACAGAUUGGCACAAAAUGGAACUGGCUUCUUUGUAGGUAAUAAGUUGACGGCCGCUGAUGUUAUAUUGAGUUUUCCCGUGUUUGAAAAUGUAUUUGAUAAUUUGGAUGGAGUUAGAGAGAUUACUCAUGACAAACGAGAUUUGAGGAAAGUAUGGCCAAAUUUAGCCAAGUGGAGUAGGAUGAUCAAGAACAUACCUAGUUAUAAGAAGGUGAAUCAAAUAAUGGACGAGGAAGUAGAGGAUUUAAUUGCAUUGAAUCCGAAAUUUGAUUAUGCAAAGCAGAAUUAA